UUGAAUUCUUUGCUUAUGUGGUUAUCAUUCUCCGAACAAUGUGGUUAUCAUCACAUAAAAAAGAUAUCUCAUUAAGAAAAAAAAAUGAAUGCGAUGAGUGGAUAGCAAUUGAGUUGCCCCAAAUAUUAGAAAUCCUCGUAUUGUAACACAAGUUAUAAAAAUAGAGACAUUCAAUAAUUCACAAAAUUUAUGUCACAAGAUGGCUCUUGUCAUAUCUUCUUCUUCUUCUUCUGGUGCCUAUCCGUUACCGAAUGUUGGCAAUCAUUCUGGCAAUUAUAACUAAUUAUAACUUUGUUGUCAGCCGCUCUAAAAAGUUCCGGGGUGGACACUGCAAACCAUGUUCUCAAGUUCUUUAACCAGGAAAUUCGUCUCCUACCAACACCUCUCCUGCAAAGAACUUUACCCUGUAGUUCUCAUUUUAACAACUGAUAUUUAGUUCCAUUCCUCAUAAUGUGUUCCAGAUACUCCAAUUUUCGUCUCUUGACAGUGUACAUUAUCUCCACCUUCUUACUGAGUUGUUGAAGAACCCUGUUGUUGGAAACUUUGUCCAUCCAUGAUAUUUUCAGAAUUCGUCUAUAGGUCCACAUCUCGAACGCUUCAAGUUUCUUUGUUGUUGUUUCAGUCAGGGUACAAGACUCAACUCCAUAUAACAAAAUGGAAAAUAAUAUAUAACAACGGAGGAGUCUAAUUUUCAGUUCAAGGGUCAAAUUAUGCGACUUGAACACUCUUGACAUGAUUUUGAAUGCCGUUCUCGCCUUUUCAAUCCGAGCUCUCACCUCCUGAGAAUGGUCCCACUGCUCAUUCAAAACUACCCAGGCAAAUAUAAGUCGGCACUCUCUCCACUACCCUACCAUCAAUAGUAAAAUGCACAUUCUCAACUUUUUCUUUACUAAUUAUCAUUGUCUUUGUUUUGUUAAUGUUGACAUCCAGCCCAUAUUUUUUACUAACUUCAGCUACUUUGUCCAUUAGCAGUUGAAGUCCUUGCGGGGUGUCGGCAAAAAUUACUGUAUCAUCAGCAUACCUGAAAUUGUUGAAUCUAUCUCCAUUCAAUAGUACGCCGGCCUCCGAGUAUUCCAAGGCUUCUUGGAAAAUUGCCUCUGAGUACAAGUUGAAUAUUAGCGGAGAUAAUUUACAACCCUGCCGUACUCCUCGGAGAAUUUUAACUUCUUCUAUUUUCUCAUUGUUGACUCUAACAGAUGCCGACCGAUUCCAAUACAGGUUUUUAAUUAAACGCAAAUCCUUACCAUCAAUUCCGCUAUCCCGCAGGACCUCCAUCAUUUUAUUAUGUUGAACUCUGUCAAAUGCUUUUUGAUAAUCGAUGAAGCAGGCAUAUAUAUAACAGUUCAUGUCGCGGCAGCGUUGGAAAAGGACCUGUAUAGGGCCUUUUAAGGUAAGCGCAUCUCUAGUUCCCAGUCCUUUCAUGAAGCCAAACUGUCAUAUCUACAGUAACUAUAUAACUGGUUAUAUCUAGCCUUUAAUAGUGUGGUUAUAAUAAAAUAUUAAUCCAAAAAUAUAUAUUUAUCCAUAUGGCUUCUAUUGGUGAGGAGACCAUGGUGGAUGUUCCACCUCACCUUUGUUUGACUUUACCUACUAUUAAAUAAUCUCAAAAUUUUGCUAACAUUACUAUUCUACAAGACUAUCCUCAUGCUUUCGUUAUUCCAUGAUGUAUUCAACAAGUUGUAUGGUAAAAGUAUAAUCUGAUUAAUUACUGCUGAUACGUAGGCUAAAUCAGAAAUUGCGAAUUAAGUCAUAUGAUGUGUGUCAAAGACAAAAUUUCUUAUCGGGGCUCUGACGCUACCCGGCAUAGGUUAAAAAAUACUUUUUGUGAAAAUUUGUGAUGUUUUUAAAAUUUUUAAGAUUACUACUUCAUACCUUUACUUAAUUUUAAAAUCCAACGUCCAAAAGGAAAUACACUACCAGGCUCAAAAUUACAAUAAUGAUGGAACAAAUACUAAGGGAGAGACGAAAAUCGGACGUGGAUAAUACUGGAGAUGAAAAACAACAAAUAUACUGGCACGUCCGAAAACUUGUAAAAAAAAUUAAACCUGCCAAUCAAGUUGAGACUCGAAGUCUAUUGGAAAAACUUGUAAAAUACGAUUUUAAAAAUGAGAAAGUACGAGAUGCCAUGAAGGAUUCAGGUGGUUAUCACUUGUUGGCGAAUAUAUUGAAAUGUAACGAUUACGACUGCAACAGGGCAACUUUGGAUGUGUUGCUGAAAAUGACUCAGAUUGAAGUUCUUCAAAGACUGGUUAUAGAACUAGGAGUGAUCCCAAGCCUGAUUUCGUACCUGGAGCGUCCGAUCGCAGAGCUGCAGGCGACCAGCGCUCUCAUUAUUUCGCAAAUGGCCGAACUGCAGCGAGGUCGAGAUGAGUUCCAGCGCAGGCAGGGAAUCGAGACACUCAUCAAACUGGUCGACGUGCCACUAACAUUGGUCACCAGAAGCGAAAACCAACUCAGCGCCGAAGAAAAAGAACAAAUCGAAACACUCAUCAACUGCAUGAAGGCGUUCUACCAGCUAUCGUAUUGUGAUUCAGUCAAAACCCAACUCUUCAAUCUAGGCAUCACCAAAGUUAUCAGAAACUUCCUACAGGCGAAAAACGUGCAACUAGUCGAGUACACAAUGGGCUUGCUCCAGAAUUGUGCCGUGGACGAAUCUUACCAGAAAGCCAUAGUUAAGGAGGAUAUCAUCAGGUUUGUUUUGAAAAGACUGAAAUCCAAAAAUGCCGAUGUGAAAGAACUCAGCGCCAGAGCGAUUUUCAGGAGCUGCGCUGAUGCACAGGCUAGAGAGCUGGUUUUCAAGCACAAUGGCAUCGACUAUCUGGUCGACUUGUUGGAUGCACCCGAUGAACAAAAGCGACUUCUAGCAGCAAUUACAGGAGCCAUAUGGAAAUGUGCAAAGUAUGAUUUGAAAGUAAUGAUGAAGAAGAAUGUGUUUCCAAAGUUGAUUCAACUAAUAACAAGGCCUAUUCAAGAUGAAGAGAAUGAAGAGAUUCGAGUGAAUACUGUAGGAGCCCUUGCAGAGCUUUGCCAACUGUCAGAGAACAGAAGAGCGCUCAUUCUACGAGGAAGCGAAGAGACUAUGAACACACUGAAGAAAUCGUUGAAAGUUGUCAAUACAGACUUGCUGGUCAACACUUGCGCUGUGAUUGGAGAAUGUGCACAGGAAAAGGAAUGCGUGGACGACAUAGUGAGAAACGACUUUGUGAGACUUAUUUGGUCAGUUUUGAAAAAUCCGUCCAUUGAGGUUCAAGCAAAAGCUGCCUGGGCGCUUAUACCGUGUAUACGGAACUAUGAUGAUGCAGGCGAAUUGGUACGAAGCUAUGUGGGAGGGUUUGAAGUCAUUAUUAGAAUGCUCGAUUCGCCGGAUCUCAAUGUGUUGGGACACACGUGUGCAGCAAUUUCUGAGAUAGCCAAAGAUAAACAAAACGUGGCAAUCCUCACAGAGCUAGGAAUGCUUCCAAAACUGUCAGCUAUAAUAUCCAAACAUAAAGGAUACAUCAUGAUGUACGCCUCUCUAGCGAUCAUGCAGAGCUGCAAAUGGAAGAAUAAUAGCUACGAUAUUGGAAGGAUGGGCACUAUCAAUCCACUCAUAUCACAUCUCAAGAAAAGUAAAUCUCUAGAAGAAAAAGCAGCCCUAAUUAAAGCAAUAAGUGCACUUUCCAACGAUGAUUUCAACUGUAUAACAAUGCACAAAUGUGGUAUUGUUCCGAUUUUAUUGGAUGCCAGUAAAAUUGAUAUGAGAGACAUGCAGGAAGAUAUCGCAAAGUGCUUUUCAAAUAUUAGAAGACUGGCGCUCCUGGUUGAUGGCAUUAAAUAUAGAGGAGCAAAAUACAAUUACAAAAAAAUCAAAUCGACCCGUUAUUCUAUGAAACCUGCCUGGUUAUAAAAAUGUACCGUACCGUAUGUCAAGGAUAUAUCGUGGAGGCUUAAAUAGAAAAAAUAAUCAAUCUCAAUAAUUUUAAGACUCCUGCGUAUGUAUGGUGGAACAGGAAAUAAAAGAACUGUGCCUCCAA